UUUAUCAUAAAUAUUAUGUGCUGUCUGGGAAACGUUCAAUUCUCUUCCUCGCUUGUUAAUUUUUUAUCUUGUUUGCACAGAUGAGGCGCAAGUGAUAACAAUAUAAUCCUCUUAACGAAGAUUGGCUACCUAUAACCUAUACUACUGCUAACAGCUAGCAGCGUCAAUCGCGGUGAAGCCGGUGAAAGUGAAUCAACCAUAUGGUCGACUCGCAGCGCACGUGGUUUCCUUUGUGAUUUAUAUGCUUUGGAUAAUUGUAUUUAUCAAAUUUUAAAUAAAAUAUCAGCGAUGGAUGAGGAAGACGUGAGACUGUUUCAAACAAUCGGUCUGAGCGAACAAAAGGCCAAGGAGACUCAGAAAAAUGCGAACGUCACGAAGAAUCUCAAAUUGGCUAUAAGUGAGGUAGCUAAACAUGGACCUAUUACUCAAGAGACUGGUGUUUUGUUAUAUCAUCUAGCAUCCAAGAUCAAAAAUCAAAUUGUGAAUAAACUACCAUUUAUUGCUGGUUACAUAGUUGAAAAGAAACUGGACAGUGUACAGAGAGUGGAUGCCGCAUUAACUUACCUGUUAGCUAACGUCAACAAUGAUGGUCUCGAUAUAACUAAGUUUGAAGAAUCUUGUGGUAUAGGUAUCAUAGUUUUACCUGAACAAAUAGAGGAAGAAGUAGAGAAAAUCAUAAAAGCACACAAAGAUGAGAUAUUAGCAAAAAGGUAUCGCUUUAAUUCUGGUCCGUUGAUGCAACAAGUACGUAAUAUUUUGAAAUGGGCAGAUGGUAAAGCAGUAAAGAAUGAAUUUGAUGUUCAACUUCUUGAUCUACUAGGACCAAAAGUUGAUACAGAUCUUGCACCGGCACCUAAACAAACAAAACAACUAAAAGACAAACAGAUGAAAGCAAAAAAGCUGGAAGUUGCAAAUGAAGAUCAAAAGAAAGCAUUAAAUAGUGAGAAGGCAGGGGAAGCGCGAACUAUAAGCGAACUUAUGAAGACCAAAGUUCAUUUUCACAAACCUGGUGAGAAUUAUAAAACUGAUGGAUACAUUGUAACACCGAACACCCAUCAUCUACUGCAGAAACAUUUGAAAGCUACUGGUGGCAAAGUGGUAACAAGAUUCCCUCCUGAACCCAAUGGGAUUUUACAUAUUGGACAUGCAAAGGCUAUCAAUAUUAACUUCGGAUAUGCUGCUGCUUAUGAUGGCAUAUGCUAUCUACGAUACGACGACACAAAUCCUGAGAAAGAAGAGGAGAAAUUUUUUGUUGGCAUACGGGAUAUGGUAGAAUGGCUUGGUUACAAACCAUUUGCAAUUACACAUUCGUCAGACUACUUUCAGCAACUAUAUGAUUGGGCUGUAAUGCUUAUAAAGAAAGGUUUAGCCUACGUUUGUCAUCAAUCUAGCGAAGAGAUAAAAGGUUUCAAUCCUGUACCAAGUCCUUGGCGCGACAGACCAGUCAAUGAAAGUUUGGAACUAUUCAAUGAUAUGAGGAAUGGUCUGUUGGAAGAAGGAGAAGCGACCUUGCGCAUGAAAGUGACUUUGGAAGAAGGGAAACAAGACCCUGUCGCGUACAGGAUAAAGUAUUCGCCACACCAUCGAACUGGUGACAAAUGGUGCAUCUAUCCCACUUAUGAUUAUACUCAUUGCUUAUGCGACAGCAUUGAAAACAUCACUCAUUCUCUCUGCACAAAGGAAUUUCAGUCGCGAAGAUCGUCUUAUUAUUGGCUUUGUAAUGCCUUGGACAUUUAUUGUCCUGUACAGUGGGAAUAUGGCCGAUUGAAUGUCAAUUAUACUGUAGUUUCUAAAAGAAAGAUUUCCAAAUUAAUACAAGAGGGAAUAGUAUCCGAUUGGGAUGAUCCCAGAUUAUUUACAUUGACCGCACUACGUAGACGUGGAUUUCCACCAGAAGCUAUAAACAAUUUUUGCGCCCAAAUGGGUGUAACUGGUGCACAAGCAACUGUUGAUCCUACCACAUUGGAAGCAGCUGUUCGAGAUGUUCUAAAUGUUACUGCCGCCCGACAUAUGGUGGUUUUAGAACCUAUCAAAUUAACCAUCAGAAAUUUUCCUCAAGAGAAAGCUAUAAAGCUUAUUGUACCCAACUUUCCUAACGAAUCUGAAAGAGGAAAUCAUGAAAUUACAUUUGACGAGAUUGUGUAUAUUGAAGCCACAGACUUCAAAGAAAUUGAAGAAAAAGGUUUUAGACGCUUAACACCAAAACAAUCUGUAGGUUUAAAGCAUGCAGGCGUUAUAGUGACGUUUGAAAGUAUUGAAAAGGAUGCCUGUGGUAACAUUACAAACAUAAUUGUUAGACAGGAUCCUGUUUCGGAAAAAAAUAAACCAAAAGCAUUUAUACACUGGGUAUCUCAUCCGUUAUUAGCAUCCGUUAGACUAUAUGAGCGUUUAUUUAAGCACAAAAAUCCAGAAGACACAAAUGAAGUACCACACGGAUUUUUAAGUGAUAUUAAUCCAUCAAGCAAAAAGGAAGUUGUAGCAUAUAUGGAUAAUAGUUUAGCUGAGACAGCAAAAGUGUACGAUAAAUUUCAAUUUGAACGUAUAGGCUUUUUUUCUGUGGAUCCUGAUACCAAAUCUAAGAAGUUUGUUUUUAAUCGUACCGUAACUCUGAAAGAAGAUACAGGAAAGGUGUAAAUAUAUUUUUUGUAAUAAUUUGUAUCGCCAAAAAACAUCUCUACUAUUUUUACUGUUAGCUUUUAUACGGAAAAAA